UUGAGCUGAAAGGAUUUGGGGCUGGGUUGUAUAAUACAUACCAUGAGCAAGCUGAAAUCAUGAGGAAGUUGGUCAUGGGGAGAGUUUCAGAGAGAGGCAGAGAUACAUAAAAGAAGAGCAGAGAAAGUGAUGCCUUGGAGAUUCCUAAUGGGGUAUUGAUUCCAGACCAUGUGUGCUCUUGUCAUUUCAAGGUUCCAUGGAUCUGCAUGUCUCUGACUGAAUCAGCUUUGACAAGCAAACCAGUCUAUUUUAUUUGCCUUAUAUCAGUCCCCACAAGUUCCAGCUGCACCAGAGACUGUGAGAGGGUUUUUGGGUCAGUCGGUGACCUUGCCCUGUAAGUACUCAUCCUGGUCUGAAAACAGCAACAGCAUGUGCUGGGGCAAGGGCCCGUGUCCCAAAUCCAAGUGCAACAAUGAGCUUCUCCACACUGAUGGGAUGACGGUGUUGUCCAGGAAGUCAUCAAAAUAUGAACUUCAGGGCAAUAUCCGACAAGGCGAUGUCUCCUUGACCAUCUUGAACACCAACGAAGGUGACAACAGUGUAUACUGCUGCCGCAUAGAGGUCCCUGGCUGGUUCAAUGACGUGAAAAAGAACAUUCGCCUGCAGCUGAGGAGAGCUCCAACAACCAAGCGCCCAAUAACCACUACUGCCAUGACAACAACCAUAGCUGUGCUUCCAACAACAGCUGUGACUACACCUGAACUCACAACCAGAACACCACUUCAGACUACCCUCACAGCUGUGGCAACCACAUGCCCCCCAACAAUAUCAACCUUUCUUCCUGAAGCAACCCCAGUUCUUGAGACCACUGAGCCUUCAAUGGGAGCACCCACCUUCACUACAGAAUCAGAAAGUUUCUUUCUCUCCAGUGACUCUGAGAGAAGCACCGAGGUGACCUCUGGAAACAUUGCCUUGCUUACAUCCAGAGAAUCUGAAGGUUGGGGUCUCCAGUCAACAUCCCAGACAUCAAUGUGGGAAAUGAGUGAGUCAGUGACUUUUCCUCAGCCAAGAGAAUCUGAGACAGCAAUGGUUGUGCAGAAUGAAGCUCAAUCAGAAGAGGUAAAAAUGGUCAUCAACCCUGACCUGCUAAUGAUCAUUGCUCCCUCCGUGGGAUUUGUGCUGUUGGUGUUGCUUGUGGCGUUUUUCCUUCGAGGGAAAGUCAUGAAAACCAAUUGUUUCCAGAAACACACAAGGCUUGACAAUGUUGGAGAGUGUAAAAACACCUCUGAAGAUAUGCAGCAUGGAGGGGAAGUUGAAGAUGGUCUUUUCACACUCUAACGGGCCACCUUUUCUUAGGAUUGAGGAUGGGGGCAUCAUGUGGGAAUUGUCAAAAUAAGUCCUAGAAUGUUUUAUUUUUAAAGCCCCAUCUAUUC